AUGACCCCUCGGACAAAAUCACAAUGGAUUCCACAACCUUUUCGGUCAUUUGCUCACUCUUGCUUCAAAAGUCAAGCAAAUUCGGACGGACAGAGUCCCUACAGAGCCUUCUAUCAAAAACUGAAAACCUACCCUGAGCUGUAUGAAACGUUCAAGGCCGCGCGGUCCAGAAUCAAUAAGGAAGUCUGGGCCAAACUACGUGCUGAGCCCGAAUUGCUUCGUGCGAAACAGGAAGAAUUACGUUACCACCACCACCACAGAAUACGGUUCAAGGAUGUCGAGGUCCGAUCAAAGUCUGGAACCCGCGCCUUAGCUCAUUACCAUGCUCACAAACAUGAAGAAAUACUUGUCAGGACCAGGCUCAUUUUCAGCUGGUGUUUUGGUGUGGACGUUGAGAGGAGCGCUUGGGCCCGUGAAAAGCUACCCAGGAAAACCCACUGUCCAGUUCAGCAACACGAGAGAACUUAUCAGUUCUAUGCGUGUUGUGGCAUGCAACGCUAUAUGAAGUCGGCGUGGCAAUCAAUAUCAGAUCCGAGCGAGUUUCUUUGCAACAAACAUUACGCAGAGCGCGGUUGGAACCUAGCGAUGCCUGAAGGCUACGUAGACGUCAGGACCCUCAAGGGAAUCCGUAAACGCUACGAGGAAUUGAACCCAGGACCUUCUUCAAAGCCAUAA